GGUUAUCGAACGGUGGUCCAGUCCGCGCCCGGCCUCGCUGUGGCAAUGACCUCGUCGAAGACGCUCUCUUUGCCGCUACAAUGACCAGCUGCCGCGUCGCGCUCCUCUGCGUGCUGCUCGCGCUGGACGCCGCGGCGCUCGCCGAUGACGACCUCCAGGAGGACAACGUGACGACGACCCUCGCCGUCCCCACUCUUGAGCCGAAGCACCACGACCCGCUCUUCCCGCGGGACCUCUUCACCGAAGAGGAGCGGCGCAACGGUGCCAUCAUCCUCCACAUCCUCGGCGUCGUCUACAUGUUCGUGGCGCUGGCCAUCGUCUGCGAUGAGUUUUUCGUGCCGGCGCUCGAUGUCAUCAUCGAGAAGCUGGACAUCCAGGACGACGUCGCCGGUGCCACCUUCAUGGCGGCGGGCGGAUCGGCGCCCGAGCUCUUCACUAGCGUCAUCGGCGUUUUCGUCUCUUUCGACGACGUCGGCAUCGGCACCAUCGUCGGCUCGGCCGUCUUCAACAUCCUCUUCGUGAUCGGGAUGUGCGCGAUCUUCUCCAAGACCGUGUUGUCCCUCACUUGGUGGCCCCUCUUCAGAGACUGCUUCUUUUACUCGCUUAGUCUCAUUACGCUCAUCAUUUUCUUUAGAGAUAACUACAUUUACUGGUACGAGGCGCUUGUGCUUUUCUCGUUCUACAUCCUAUAUGUCAGCUUUAUGAAGUGGAACCAGCCCAUGGAAAGGCUAGUCAAAAAACUCAUCUACAAGAACAAGGUGACGAGGGUCAGGAGCACCGACCAGCUUAUGCCUACGUCGACUUCAGUCAGUGUCAUUUUAGACUCAGGCAAGCAUGGUACCGUGGCGACGUCAAGCGAGACGAGCGUUGGGACGCAGCCUGGCGGCAGCGUCACAUCGCGGACGGCGUCCGAGACCCCCCAGGUGCCGUCCUCGACAAGUCACCAUCACACAGGAGCCAAAUUUCGGCACGGCCUCCUCCAACUCAUGAUCCACACCAUUGAUCCGCUACACGAUGGUCAGUAUGCAGGCAAAGUGGACGAGAAAGCGACCCAACUACACGCCAUCGCCUCUCUGAAAGUCCUUUUGGACGCGACGAAACCUCAAAACGGCGCCGCCACCAGUUCGGCCGCCAACCACGUAACCACCGCCGCCAAACAAGAAACAAUGCUGGCACCCUCCAGCAUCGCAGACAUGCCCAACGGCGUCGCCAACGCACUCACUGACGUCAAUUUGGAAGCGCGACGCAUGUCGUCUGUACGUGCACGUAAGUCACUGACCUCACAAGCAGUGGUGUGUCUGCAGGUUGGAGAGACUGAGGAGGAGCCCCCAGAAGCCAUGGACAUGGGCUGGCCUUCGACUACCCGCAAGAGAAUCACGUACAUUCUCUUAGCACCCAUUGUCUUCCCUCUGUGGCUGACUUUGCCCGACACGCGCUCACCUAGAGGUAAAAAGUUCUUCCCCAUAACGUUCCUCGGGAGUAUUCUCUGGAUCGCUGCAUACUCGUACCUGAUGGUCUGGUGGGCAAAUGUGGUUGGCGACGCGGUGAAAAUUCCUCCCGAAGUUAUGGGCUUGACCUUUUUGGCUGCAGGGACUUCAAUACCGGACCUCAUCACCUCUGUCAUCGUAGCGCGGAAGGGCUUCGGCGACAUGGCCGUUUCCUCCUCCGUCGGCAGCAACAUAUUUGAUGUUACCGUCGGGUUACCAGUGCCUUGGUUGCUUUUCGGCAUCAUCUACGGCGAGCCUGUAGAGGUGACUUCGACGGGAAUGGUGUGCUCUAUCACGAUCCUCUUCAUGAUGCUCCUCUUCGUCAUCAUGUCAAUAGCCUGCUUCCGAUGGAAGAUGAACAAAGGACUAGGUUUCACCAUGUUCUUGUUGUAUUUCGUCUUUGUGGCAGUGUCGCUCAUGUUCGAAUACAAAUAUAUAGUGUGUCCCGUUUAGAAACCCUCAUGCACGAUCUUAUAGAGACUCGUCUUAGCGAUACUAGCAGUUGUACUGAUCAUCUCACUUAUAGCAGUUUAGCCAGAGUGAAGCGCGUCGAGUCGGGUCCUCACCGUGAUAUAUCAAAAUUUUUCAUUCUCAAAUCACAAAUAAUUUUAUCAACAAGACUUCAAAAUUUUAAGUCGCACAAUCAACACACAUUUUCGGUGUUUUCGUUGAGCGCUAUGCUGUCAAUGCACUUGUUAUUUGCCACCGACUGUGGAAACAGGGGACCCGUUAGUUAUUAAACGCUAUAUUGGUGUUCAACGGAUGUAUGCACAAAAACCAAAAUCGACUUCCAUGAUAGUGUGUGGACUUAGCUAGUAGAAAUAUCCCCGACCAUGAUAGCAAUAAUAUCUAUUAACUGCGAUAGAUUUUGAACUACUGUUUUUAUAAGGGGGACGUUUCGUGAUUAUCAAAAAAACGAAAACUAGUCAUUGGAAGUAGCCGUUUAAUUUGGACUAGGAAAUUUUUUAAUGAAUCUAACUUAAUAAAAGUGAGGAAGACUAGAAUGAAUACUGGGCCGGGACUCGCUUUGAACCAAAGCCACAACGAACACCCUCAAUCGUGCGAUUGCUGAAAUUUCGUUCAGAGUUAUUUGGGCCCGGCUGUAUGUUAAACUUCCCGAAAUAUGUUGCACUGUAGACUAAGUUAGCGAAAAUAUACAUAUCUAGUGUAGAUAUAUCUUAGCAUAGUUACUGUGUAGAAAGCAUGUACAUAAGGAAAUUGUUUGGGCACUUGAGACCUUCACAGGUCAUUGCUAAAAGUGCCUACUGUUAAUUUGUUUUACCCGAUGUGAUACAUAAGCAAAAUGGGAUGUAAGUAUAAAUGAAGAUUUAAAAUUACACUCCUUUAUUUUCAGUUUGUCAUUUCUUCAUUAUUGUUCAUUCGGCGGACCGAGAGCCCAAACCAAUAUCUCACAAACACAAUUUCGAGACGUUCGUUUGGAGCUCUCGGUCCGAAAGCCAUUGUAAAUGAGUCAGAGCAAGUGCAAUAUAUUUAGACAAACUAUAGUUGAAGCUAUGGGUGUUUCAAAUUUAAACUUAGCUAAGCUUUUACAUGUGUAAAAACGCGACAUUUAAUAUACAUAAUUGUAAUAGUAAAUUUUGGGCGAAAUUCCGGUUUCCUGAAUGGCUUUUUGAAUACAUAUCUACCUUUGAAAUUGUUUUGUGAUUUAAAAAAUUUGUGAUUCUCAUAGUGGUGAACGUGCUUCUUAAUGAAAAAAAGUCAUUCGUUUACUGUACAUCGAUUGGUUGGUGGGUUUGCUAAUGAUAAAAAAUGUACCUAAAGCUUAAGAUUAUCAUAGCGCACAUUAGUUUGCCUUUUGGUUUAUUUGAUAAUGA